AUGGCUACUAUUGGUGAUGUUGGACGUGACGAUUUAGAUUUCAUUGAGUUGACUGAUCUAGACUCUGGGUUGUUUUGGCAGAAAUUUGAUCAUUACAUUACUAGUUCAAUUGCAACACCUACUGCAAAUAUGGAUAGAAAUGAUGAUAGUACAUCAUCAAUGGAUGCAGUAUAUUUUUCGACAGUGGUUCGUUCGCGUAGUAGUAACUUGUCCCGAAUUGAUGAGAAUUCUUCUGACCAGGCAGAUCCUCUUCUGCAGCAUAACACAGCUUUGCUUACCACAGUAUCAUUACCAUUGGAUCCACAUCCAAUGAUUUCUCAAGCUUGGGAAUCUCUCAGGAACUCCAUAGUACAUUUUCGUGGUGUUCCCGUCGGUACAAUUGCUGCUUUGGAUGAUUCUGAUGAAAAACUUAAUUAUGAUCAGGUGUUUGUAAGAGACUUUGUGCCAAGUGCUUUGGCUUUUCUGAUGAAUAAGGAACAUGCAAUUGUUAAAAAAUUUCUCAAAAUGACACUUCGCCUUCAAAAACGCAAGAAAAUUAUUGAUAGGUUUCAGCUAUCACCAGGUGUAAUGCCAGCUAGUUUUAAGGUGAAACACGAAGCAGGAAAGAAACAUGAGUCCAUGGUUCCUGACUUUGGUGGAACUGCAAUAGGUAGGGUUGCUCCUGUUGAUUCUGGAUUCUGGUGGAUUAUAUUACUUCGUGCGUACACAAAGUCUACAGGAGACAAAUCCUUGGCUGAUACUGAUGAAUUUCAAGAGGGUAUGCGCUUGAUUCUUGAUUUAUGCCUUUCAGAAGGAUUUGACACGUUUCCAACUCUACUAUGUACCGAUGGAUGCUGCAUGAUCGAUCGUAGAAUGGGCCUAUAUGGUUAUCCAAUUGAAAUUCAAGCACUGUUCUAUAUGGCUUUAAGGUGUGCCAAGAAUUUACUUAAGAAUGAUGAUAAGCAAGGGAAAGAGUUGAUGGAAAAAAUCGAGUUACGCUUGAAAGCCUUAAGCUAUCAUAUGAGAAACUAUUAUUGGUUGGAUUUGAAGCAACUUAACGAUGUAUAUCGAUACAAAACAGAAGAGUAUUCACAUACUGCAGUAAACAAGUUUAAUGUGAUGCCUGACUCCCUACCUGAUUGGAUUUUCGGUUUCAUGCCUCAUCGUGGUGGUUACUUCAUUGGCAAUGUAAGUCCUGCUAGGAUGGAUUUUCGCUGGUUUUGCCUUGGUAAUUGCAUUGCAAUUUUGUCAUGUUUGGCUACUACUGAGCAAUCAAAUGCAAUUAUGGACCUUAUAGAAUCGCGUUGGGAUGUAUUAAUUGGCGAGAUGCCUGCUAAAAUUUGUUAUCCAGCACUUGAAAAUCAUGACUGGAGGAUCAUAACAGGAUGUGACCCCAAAAAUACUAGAUGGAGUUAUCAUAAUGGAGGAUCUUGGCCAGUUCUUUUAUGGCUUCUUACUGCAGCUUCCAUCAAGACAGGAAGGCGUCAUAUUGCGAAACGCGCACUUGACAUUGCUGAGACCAGAUUGCUCAAGGACAACUGGCCUGAAUAUUAUGAUGGAAAACAUGGUAGAUUCAUUGGGAAGCAAGCUCGGAAACUCCAAACUUGGUCUGUUGCCGGUUACUUAGUUGCUAGGAAGAUGUUCGAUGAUCCAUCACAUUUGCGUAUGGUGGCCUUUGAGGAAGAUAAACACCUAAGCCCUCAGCACAGAAGAUCAAAAUCCUUGUGA